CGCGCGCGUGUGCGGCGGCCCCAGGUACGCGGACAAGAUGGCGGCGGCAGCGGUCGACAGCGCGAUGGAAGUGGUGCCGGCGCUGGCGGAGGAGGCCGCGCCCGAGGCGGCGGGCCUCAGCUGCCUCGUCAACCUGCCGGGCGAGGUGCUGGAGUACAUCCUGUGCAGCGGCUCGCUGACGGCCGGCGACAUCGGCCGCGUCUCCAGCACCUGUCGGCGGCUGCGCGAGCUGUGCCAGAGCAGCGGGAAGGUGUGGAAGGAGCAGUUCCGGGUGAGGUGGCCUUCCCUUAUGAAACACUACAGCCCCACCGACUACGUCAAUUGGUUGGAAGAAUAUAAAGUUCGGCAAAAAGCUGGGUUAGAAGCCCGGAAGAUUGUAGCCUCGUUCUCAAAGAGGUUCUUUUCAGAGCACGUUCCCUGUAACGGCUUCAGUGACAUUGAGAACCUUGAGGGACCAGAGAUAUUUUUUGAGGAUGAACUGGUGUGUAUCCUCAACAUGGAAGGAAGAAAAGCUUUGACCUGGAAAUACUAUGCAAAAAAAAUUCUUUACUACCUACGGCAACAGAAAAUUUUAAAUAAUCUUAAGGCUUUUCUUCAGCAGCCUGAUGACUAUGAAUCAUAUCUUGAAGGUGCUGUAUAUAUUGACCAGUACUGCAAUCCUCUUUCUGACAUCAGCCUCAAAGACAUCCAGGCCCAGAUUGACAGCAUUGUAGAGCUUGUUUGCAAAACCCUCCGAGGCAUAAAUAGUCGCCAUCCCAGCUUGGCCUUCAAGGCAGGUGAAUCCUCCAUGAUAAUGGAGAUAGAACUCCAGAGCCAGGUGCUGGAUGCCAUGAACUAUGUCCUUUACGACCAACUGAAGUUCAAGGGGAAUCGAAUGGAUUACUAUAAUGCCCUAAACUUAUACAUGCACCAGGUUUUGAUCCGCAGAACAGGAAUCCCAAUCAGUAUGUCUCUUCUCUAUUUGACAAUUGCCCGGCAGUUGGGAGUCCCACUGGAACCUGUCAACUUCCCAAGUCACUUCUUAUUAAGGUGGUGCCAAGGCGCAGAAGGAGCGACCCUGGACAUCUUCGACUACAUCUACAUAGAUGCUUUUGGGAAAGGCAAGCAGCUGACGGUGAAAGAAUGUGAAUACUUGAUCGGCCAGCACGUGACUGCAGCACUGUAUGGGGUGGUCAAUGUCAAGAAGGUGUUACAGAGAAUGGUGGGAAACCUGUUAAGCCUGGGGAAACGAGAAGGCAUUGACCAGUCAUACCAGCUCCUGAGGGACUCGUUGGAUCUGUAUCUGGCAAUGUACCCGGACCAGGUGCAGCUUCUCCUCCUCCAAGCCAGGCUUUACUUCCACCUGGGAAUUUGGCCAGAGAAGUCUUUCUGUCUUGUCUUGAAGGUGCUUGACAUCCUCCAGCACAUCCAAACCCUAGACCCCGGGCAGCACGGGGCGGUGGGCUAUCUGGUGCAGCACACGUUAGAGCACAUUGAGCGCAAGAAGGAGGAGGUGGGAGUGGAGGUUAAGCUCCGUUCCGAUGAGAAGCACAGAGAUGUCUGCUACUCGAUCGGGCUCAUUAUGAAGCAUAAGAGGUAUGGCUAUAACUGUGUGAUCUAUGGUUGGGACCCCACCUGCAUGAUGGGACACGAAUGGAUCCGGAACAUGAACGUCCAUAGCCUGCCGCAUGGCCAUCAUCAGCCAUUCUAUAAUGUUCUGGUGGAGGAUGGUUCUUGUAGAUAUGCAGCCCAAGAAAACUUGGAAUAUAACGUGGAGCCUCAAGAAAUCUCGCACCCUGAUGUCGGACGCUAUUUCUCAGAGUUUACUGGCACUCACUACAUCCCAAACGCAGAGCUAGAAAUUCGAUAUCCAGAGGAUCUGGAGUUUGUCUAUGAAACGGUGCAGAAUAUUUACAGUGCAAAGAAAGAGAGUGUAGACGAGUAGAGCCGAGUAGAGGCCAUUGUACCUUUGCUGCUGCUGCUGUCUUCCAGGAGAACAGGGUUCCGGAAGAAGACGUCUGCACGGAUCCCUCUGGAUUCACACCACCAGGAAAGCCACUUAACCAGUAGUGCUGGUUGCCUCCUACUCAGUUUAAAUAACGUGUGCUCUCCUCCAGCUGCAAAGACAAUGUUGCUCUCCGCCUACACUAGUGAAUUAAUUUGAAAGGCACUGUGUUCAGUGGCAUGGCUUGUAUGCUUGUCCUGUGGUGACAGUUAGUGACAUUCUGUCUUCAUGAGGUCUCACAGUCGACACACUCUUAUAAUCAUCCUUUUUAUUCACUUUCCAUUCUCAUGUCUGUCUGCAUUUGUCUCAGAGCAUUUCAUUUGUUGGAUACAUGAGGUUAUACAUUUGCAAUAAUUUCUGAUUUCUCAACGGAACAUGUGCAGUCCUAAGUCAGGAUUGUUGGUGUUUUCACCCUGAAUUUAGUCGCAUAUUCAGAGGUGAAGUUGUACUCUAUCUUGGCAGCAUCGUGGAGAUGGAGAUAGUAACAAGCUAAUGGUAAUUAGAAUCUUUUGAACUUAUUCUUUUCUAGUAUAUGAAACAGAGAUUUCACGUGUUUGUCCUUUUUUUAAUUUAAAUUGGGAGAAUAACAUAGUUAUUCUUUCAAAUUCCUCUUUUGGAUUUAUGCACAUCUCUACAAAUCCUUAGUUUUCUAUUUUAUUACAUAAAAUUCUUUAAGAAAAUGCAUAAUGGCCUUUGUGAAUGGGUUUUUCCACAUUCAUCUACUAUUUCUCCCUCUAAAAUGACUACUUUUUUAUUUUAAAAAUCUGCUCCAGUAUCAUGAGUAGAUCUUAAAUCAAUGAUGGAUUCUUUUUGUAGUGAGAUUUACAAAUCCGAUGUUAAAAUGUUUGCUCUUAGAAAUCACACUUCAUGGUCUCCGAAGACCAAACAAAUGAAGUUUCACUUUUGUAAUCAGAAAAAAAAGAAGAAAUAAUGACCUUAAUCUUUUUUUUUUAAAGAAGAGGUUUCACGCCCCUCGUCAUUCCUUCAGAUCACUUCAAGACUUUUUAGAAUGUGGUGGGGUAGAAACAAAUAGAAUGUUUUUAAUUCUAAGAGUGUUGGAUUAGUGGGAAAGGAGGCAUGGGAGUGAUCUGCCUUCCCAAGCCACCAGUGCCCUGGAGGCCCCAGGAUGAAGCCUGUUCCCAAGCCUCACAGGGAAGCCCAGCAUUGUAUUCAGACACCACUGGCUCCUUUUCCAUGUCCUCAGUAACUGAGCGUGAAAGGUACCAAGUCUUUAUGCAGCUCUGGAACUCCCACCACUCUCGACCUGCCAGUUCUCCAGCAAGAUAAUCUUGUAAUUAUCAGUAGAAGCUACCUUCUGGAGUUAGGACUGGGUUACUUUGCUCUCUACCUUUCAAGUAAUACAGUUGCCAUAGUGAGUGAGGCUGUAGGGGACUGUGAACCAGGCAGCCUCGAGGCCUGUCUGUCAUUGCAUGCAGUAUUCUCACACCAUGCUGAAUGACUACUUCAUAUUUACCCUUUGGAAACCCUGGCAUGACCGAGGUUUGGGGAAGCCACCUGAGACCACUUCAUAGCAAGUGAAGGCUAUUAAGCAGUUAUUAGAGAGAGAUGGGGACUUGGCCAGCUGGUUCCUUCCAGCCUAUGUUAGCUAUUGUCCAGUGUCCAUGUUCCUCAUCAGUCAAAUCCAAAGUCAGAAAGAUUUGAACUUGCAUUUGAAAAUGUGACCACUCACAGCACCUAACCUGCCUGAGGUGGGGGGAAUUUUACACUACGCUCAUUUAAAGGUGAAAAUUAGAUAAUACGGAAUUAAUGAGAUGGAUUACGAAGAAACUGUGGAGCAUGCCAAGAGUUAUAAUAGUUGGGUUUUUGGUUUGAUUUCCUUUUUUCUUAGAGUAACAUCAAAGCCAAGGAAGAUGGUUUUACCUUUACUGACCCAAUUGUAAAUAUGUAUCUAGACUUUUUAAAUGUGUUUCUUCAUGAAUGCUUCAUUUGGCUCCAGGAAGCCUGUAUCACCUGUGUAAGUUGGUAUUUGGGCACUUUAUAUUUUUCUAAAAAUGUGUUUUGGAUCCUGUACUCUAAUAAAUCAUAAGUUUCUUUUUAAAAUUUUUUCCAAAAGUUUUCUCCAUUUUAAAAAGCCCAGUUAUAGAAGUAGAACUUUCACAAUGUUAAAAUAUCAAAUACUUGGGUAUAGUAACUUCUCUCUUCAAGUGAAUGCCAAGAUUUUUUUGUACAAUGAUUAGUAAAUGGAACUUAUCCAGAGAAACCACACAAAUGGCCUGCCCAAUUUCGUUUCAAACAAAAAACCCAACCAUGACAAGAGUAGGUCUGCCACCUCUCCUAAUCUAAAUAUGAAACAUUUGCUCUAUUGAAUUUUUCUUAACAUUGGUGAGUGAACAGGGUACCUUUAUACUAUGAUUUCUGUGCCAAACAUUAAUUUUAUAAGAUUACUAAUAAUCUUUGUAUCUGGUUGUCAUUGCAAAGAUCGCACCUUUUUAAUUAUGUGAAGAUACAUGUUAUGAAACGAGAACUAUGAAACGAGAUGCCUUGAGGGAAAACCAGGUUCUUGGUAUGUUUUGUUACUAUUGACUUGAGUAGCCCCGCUGCAUACAGUGUGUCCAAAAUGUCCUUCAGAGCACUGAUUCUGUCAUGGUACCAUAUAUAUGCUAUAUGGGGGAAAAGGUUAUGGGUAAAUGAAGUCAGUUUCCUGUAGUCUCAAAACCUUAAUAUACUGCUGUGCAUUGUGACUUUCCAAGAGGAAAGUACAGUGUGCCCUGGACCCUAGAACUUCCCUCCCCCUGACACAGACGCACCGUCCAUAGGGACCAGUGUUUGCAGACAUACUUUGAGAAACACUGUCUCAGUGAGACAUCAGUUAUGUCCAAAACUAGUCUACCUGAAUCAGACCAGUUUUGCCAAGCCUCGUGUUUGCAAACAUUAUCCACCUAAUCAGAUUUUGAAAGGCUGGCUUUCUGCCCGACACUCAUAGUAGAUCUCCAUUAUAAGUGCAUGUACACAGCAAAGUUGUUUUAUUGAGAACAACAAAAAGUUGAUUAAUUGAACGGUACUGUUGCUAACUCAGAUUUACAUUUUACACUAUUGACUUAAAGUCCUGUUCUAAUUUUAAAAUGUUUUGGUCUUUCUUAACUUAUUAAAUUGAGCCAAGCUGCCA